AUGAGUAGCGAAGAAAGCUCUCAAGCGUCCUCUAUUCGAAGCACAUUACAUGAUGGUGGCGGAGUUCCAAAAUCAAUUAAUGAAAUGCCUGUGCUGAAUGGGCAUCGUAGUCGACUGUCCCGUUACAACUUCAGGCGACCAUCAGAGACAGGCAGGUCGCAGCGAAGUACAAGCAGAGCUCAAGGUGAUAUUGAUGAUGAUGAUGAUGAAGCCAAUAAUAAUGCAAGUAUCGACUCCCAUUCGCUGAACAGAAUAUUGACUGAAAGAUUUGACGUCGAAGACGCGAUGCGACUGGAAAGUAAUAUCGAUGGUGCCAAAACGGGCCAACCUGCCAUUAACGCCGAAGAUGAAGGUCAGCAAUAUGAAGAUGGAGGACAGAUCGUGUCCAAAGUGUUCACAAAUCGGUCCACAGGCCACCUAGAUCUCCCGCCUGAUGGUGGAUACGGUUGGGUCUGUUGCAUAUGCGUUACGUUAAUUAUGUUCAGUACAUGGGGUUCAAACUCGGCAUUUGGUGUCUACCUGGCCUACUAUUUGAAUAACGGCGUUUUUCCCGGAGCUUCGAAAUACGAUUAUGCCAUUAUAGCUGGCCUUACAGUGGCGCUGGGACAAGGUCUCGCCCCGAUCUCCACGUUAUUGAUGCGACUUUGGGGGCUUAAAAUUCCGAUGUACAUUGGGAUCAUUUUUUUGUUCGCGGGAUUCAUGUUAGCAUCCUUCGCCACAAAAUUGUGGCAACUCUAUCUAACGCAGGGAGUUUUAGUAGGCAUCGGAAUCUCUUUAAGCUUCGCACCUGCCACAACAGUUCUCCCGGGGUGGUUUUUGAAAAAAAGAUCGGCAUGUAUAGGCAUCUCGUUCAUGGGAACAGGUGCCGGCGGCGUCACGUAUACGUUGGCUGUUAACAAGCUGAUACAGGAAACCGGUCAUCAGAAUUGGCCAUUGCGAAUGAUGGCGAUCGCUUGCGCUAUCACAUGCCUUGUUUCUGCCAUCUUGGUUAAACAACGCAUUCCGUUGAAACCGACAGGAUCCAAAUCAUGGUUGGUCAUAAAGCAGCAGUUUCAAUUGACUAUUUCAGCUCGGGUGGCAAAAAUGUACAGCGUAAAUCUCGUCGCUGCAUGGUUUACGCUUUCUUUGUUUGGGUACAAUUUGAUGGUGUUCACGUUAUCCCCGUACGCAGUCGCCAGAGGUUUGAGCCCCCAUCAAGCAUCUAUAUUGACUACAGCCCUCAAUGCCGCCCAGACUCUUGGGCGGCCAGCCAUGGGUCUCUUGGGAGAUCGAUUCGGCAGGAUGAAUGUUACUGUUAUCCUAACAGUGACGUUGACUAUAUUUUUGUUUGCAUUUUGGCUCCCCAGCCAUACUUUCAUUCAGUUACUUUUUUUCUCCAUCUGCGUAGGCGCUUGCAUUGGUGUUGCCAAUGUAAUGAGCACCGUCCUAGUGGCAGACUUUGUUCAGCCUAGCGAUUUCAUACCUGCAUGGAGCUAUGUGAUGGGAUCUGGAGCGCCAGCCCUUCUUGUCUGUGAAGUGGUUGCUCAAGCAUUAACUACAGAAAAGAACCCAACUAAUCCCUACAUUCAUACUCAAAUCUUUGCAGGAUUGUGCUUUUUCUGCGCCCUUCUACUAGUUCUUCUAUUACGCGAAUAUAGUGUGCGGAAAAAGCUGGAGAGUAAAAUUAACUCAUUUGACAGUUGGGUUCAUCACGAAAACUCUCAUGAUGGAAUCUCCGAAAAAGAAUGUUCUAGUCACGAUCGUGAACUCGGUAAAAACCGUCUCCGUGAACGCGAUCUGGUGUCACCUGGGUUGAAGAACUACUUUCGUCGCAUGUGUCACCCUAUGAAGGUCUGA